CUACAAAGAUACAAGAUGCUUGUCGGGUCUUUGAAUUGUUGUAGACAGUUAAUUCCUAAUCUGAUGAUUUAGCGUUUUUGAUUUUCCGAGGUGUGAAUCACGUUGUGUGCCUUUAUUUUGAAGGAUUAACCCGGAAGUAUAUUAGUUGUAGCUACUUUCAGAGGGUCAUACUUCUGUAGUUAGAAGUAAUCCGCUGUUACUAUUAGGGCUAAUUUGUUAUCUGACUUUUGUGUGUAAUGGCGCUCCACUUGAAAGACAAAGAAGCUUACCAGAGACUGAACUACCUUUACCAGGCUGCACAUUGUGUUUUAGCUCAAAAUCCGGAAAAUGUGGAGCUGGCUCGUUUCUACUGCUUCUCACAGAAGACGAUUGCAAAGCGUCUCGUUCUCAGACAAGAUCCAUCGGUGAAGAGGACAUUGUGCAAGAGGUGCUGCUCUUUGCUCAUUCCAGGUGUAACUGCUACAACAAGACAAAAACGAAAAAACAGCAAGACUCGUUUUACCGUGAUGAGAUGUCUCAGUUGUGGACAGAGGAAGACCUUACUGAAUAAUCCAGAUUACUGUUUAUGGGCAGACCGAGC